AUGGGUCGCCAGCGGGAUAAAAAUGCCACCCAGAUGCGUUCACUGGCCACGUUCCGCAGGUUCAAGGAGUUUCCCGCCGAAAUCCAGCAGCAAAUCUUCAUCGAGGCCAUGGACCUACCCUACUUUCACACGGUUAUUGUCAAGCGCGUCGACAACAGAGUCACCGGAACCUGGAGCCUAUCUUUUUACCCUGAUGAUCCGAAGAGCCGUGACAGAUCAGGCCACAGGCUGUACGAGAAGAUGGCCUCAGUCGAUCCAGCGGCUGCCGCUGCCAUGCGCUACGAGAGACAGACCAGACUCGGCCAGCUGCCGUUCAAGAAGUUGAGAGCACCCGUCGACUAUGAAAGGGACCUCGUCGUCCUCGAUUUCCGCAAAUGCAAAGGCCGGACGCUGGGCUAUCUCCACCCGGAUAACCAGAUCCUCAACCCAACCGGCAGCGCCUUUGACGCCAACGCCGUCGCCAUGCAGCUCGAAAAGAUUCAGAAGGUUGCCGUCGUGUGGAACGACCAGCAGCCGCUCUGCCACGAUUCCUCCAACAAUUUCCGCUGUCCCGAUCCUUCGUCUCCGGUUCAUGAGCCGCACAGAAAUUGGUGUAUGUGUCCGGAGGAGCUGUUCGGCCUUCUCAACUGCUUCCCCGAGCUGCGCCAAUUCUAUCUCCUCAUUCCUCUGGGCAAGAAGACCAACCCCCAACAAUUGCAUGUUGAAGACCUGAUCGAGGACACAUAUAAAUUCAACGAUCAACAUCUCUACCCUGUCUUCCAUGGCCGCGGUCGAUCGUUCGUUCAUGCUGGUCAACUACGUUCGUGGGAGGGGCGGAAUCACGAGUCGAAUGACAACGAGCUCUCGGUGUUCCAAUUGAGCCCACACCGAGUGCAUCCGUCGAUGCUUGAGAUGCUUAGAGAACUACGGGACGAUUCCUUCUUGGCGGAUGAUGUGGAAACGCUUCCAGAAGCCGAGAGAGUUGAGCUUUCGCAAAAGUAUCGCCUCAGUCGGAAGGAAAGGGAGAACCUCGUUUUUGGGGUGUUGUUGCAGUGCAAAACAUGA